AUGGACGCCGAUAAUCGUCCAAGAAAGGCAUGCGACCUAUGUUAUACUCGCAAGAUCAAAUGCGACGGGCAGGAGCCCCGUUGCUCCAACUGCAUCAACUAUGCGACAGAGUGUACACAUAUUGCUCUGCGCCGUAAAGCCAGACCGAGAGCACAACGUCGCGCGACUCAGAAUUUCUCAUAUCGGCCAAAGGCCCCGAAUCGGGCAAUCCAUCAAGCCGAACGGCUCGAGGAGAUCACAAGAGAAGCACCGGUUGACGAUCAAGCAUCCGAGGAUCCGAACCAUGCAAUUGGCACGCUAAAGCUCCCUCCACUGCCAGAGGCUAUGGCAAUGGUUGGAAUAUUUCUCAAUACAGUUAACACGGCGCUACCGCUAUUUCAUGCCGACACGCUCUUGCGUAUGGUUGGGCAGUGUUAUGCCCUCCACCCGCGACAACGCGAUCCACUCGUUUGGGCUGCUAUCAAUACCGUCUUCGCUCUGGCCAGCCAACAUAGGCCCAGUAGCACGAUUGAAGGUGUCUUUCAUCGUCAGACUGAGCACAUCAGCGAAUAUCUCAGCAACGCACAAUCAGUAGUCUCAACAGUGAUGACAGGAGACGUUUCCCUACUGAAUGUACAGACACUUCUGGGCAUGGUGAUGGUGCUCCAGACGGCGCGUGACCCGACUCCAGCUUUGACGUUGGUAUCUGCCACAAUGCGUCUUGUACAUAAACUAGGCCUACACAACCGUGCUGCAUCAGCGCAUCUCGACCUCGUUCACCGAAGACAACACUCUCGCGUUUUCUGGAUAGCAUACAUUCUCGACAAAGAUCUCAGCCUGCGGGCUGAAAUACCACCCGUUCAGCUCGAUGACGAUAUUGACGUGGACCUGCCUUCCUCCUUGCCGGUGUCCCUGGAUGACAAUGACAACACUGCUGGUACCCUUGCCACCGAUAAUGGGAAAGCAAGGCUGAGUUACCUCUUCGCCCGUAUUCAGCUUGCCAGCAUUGAGGGCCGUAUCUAUAGGUAUCUCUACUCGACGCAAGCCUCAAAGCAGAGCCCUCUGGAAAGGGCAUUGCUACGAGAUAGCAUUAGCAUCGCAUUGGAUGAAUGGCGAGCGUCCAUCCCGCUCGAAUUCGGCGCCGCGGUUGUCACCAUGACCGCGAAAACCAAGCCUGCGAGUUUGGGCUUCUUGUGCGUGCUUCACUCAAGCGGUCUGCAGUGCAGGAUGCUCAUCAACCGAGCUCAGGCGAUGGACGAGCAAUGGAUAACCGGGGUCCGCAAUUAUAGUAGGGGCAUCAGCCCACUACGGAUACCGCCAUGCUGGGAAGGACUUGUAAACGAGGCUCGAGACUUCGUGCUCUUAUUCCAAGAAAUCUGGUCGAGAGACAGUUGGUUCCGAUGGAUAACAACCUGUCCUUACAUAUCUGCUACAAUGCUGUUGACAGCGAACAACCUCCACAACAUCCGGCAUAAGAAAGUCGAACUAGACACCGAACUGAUUGACGCCGCCCUCUCCUGGCUGAAUGACCUCAUAUUAGAGGAUCCAUCGGAUGCUAAGAAGAGGUUUCGAAAUAUCCUCACAGAGGCCGUUCAUAAGGUGAAGCACAAGCUUGCUGUCAAUGAUAGGCUCGAGUGA